AAAACAGCCUGAGGGCUGAAGGAGCUGUCGUUAGGCCUCAACAGUCCUCUGCUGCUGAGUCACUUUAGCUAACUAACUGUUGUCUCCAGGACACCUUGUUCUGCCUCAUCUGUCCUCCAUUCAGGGGACGGUGUCCAUACUGUCUUCAUGGAGAGUCUGGAGAAGCAGCUCAUCUGUCCCAUCUGUCUAGAGAUGUUCACCAAGCCGGUGGUCAUCCUGCCGUGUCAACACAACCUGUGCCGCAAGUGUGCCAACGAUGUCUUCCAGGCAUCCAACCCUUACCUGUCCACAAGAAGCAGCUCCACGGUGACCUCUGGUGGACGUUUUCGCUGUCCCUCCUGCCGACAUGAGGUGGUUCUAGACCGACAUGGAGUUUAUGGGCUGCAGAGGAACCUGCUAGUGGAGAACAUCAUUGACAUGUACAAACAGGGGAGCACCAGCAAGCCGAUUCCAGAGGUGAAGACAGAGCAGCCAAUGUGCGAGGAGCACGAGGAUGAGAAAAUCAACAUCUACUGCAUCUCCUGCUGCGUCCCCACCUGUUCUCUCUGCAAAGUGUUUGGAGCUCACAAGGACUGCCAGGUGGCACCGCUCAGCGAUGUCUUCAGCCAACAGAAGGCGGAGCUCACUGAUUGUAUCUCCAUACUUGUUGGGAACAAUGAGAGGAUCCAGGCCAUCAUCAAUCAGCUUGAGGAAACCUGCAGAGCUGUUGAUGAGAACGGUCGCCGGCAGAAAUCCCAGGUGUGUGAGGUGUUCGACCACCUGUUUUCGCUGCUGGAGGAGAGGAAGGCGGAGCUAACACUGAGGAUCAACGGCGAGCAGGAGGAGAAGCUCGACUAUAUUCGAGGUCUGAACAGGAAGUACAGUGAGUACCUGAAUGGAAGCAUCAAAUUGCUAGAGACCGCCAUCCAAAACCUGGAUGAAUGUGAAAUGGCCGUGUUUCUCCAGUCGGCUAAACCUCUGCUGCAGAGACUGGUGCAGGCCACAGACACAUCUCACCUGGAUAAAGUCCAGCCUGGUUAUGAGAACAUGGAGCACUUCAAGGCUAACUUUGACCAUCAAAGGAGAGUUCUGCUGGACAUCGACUUCAUCAAAGCUGAUGAAGAUGAGGACAGUGAAGAAGAAGCAGAGCUCCGAGGGGCAGAGACAGGAAGUCCGUCUGAGUCACAGCAGCUUGUACCAUCUGCAGCAGCCAAUCAGCAGCCUUCGUUGUCACUUCUCAGCUUAGCCACACCCCCUCAGAAACCACCAGAGACUGCACAGACAAAGAGCCCCACCCAGUCCCCUGCAUCAUCGUUCAGUCAGGCCAUGACAUCUCUGCCACUCCCUUCCACUAGACCUUCCCUUCAGGUGUGA